GUGUAGCCCUCUCCGUGCAGCCUCCGGCUCUGCAGACCAACCCUUCUCCCUCUCGCUGCCAGAUUCCUCCGCCGGUUCACUGAGAUUCCAGUCUGCAUGUGUUUUCCAGGCGUCCAGGGAGUGAAUUCGCUUCUUGCUGACGAAACACAGCUUUACGUUCCCACUGGAUUUCCUUUGAUGCACCAUGUUUCCCAGGCUGUUGUCUGUCAACACCAACGUUUUCAAAUGUUUGCAGUCUUUUCAAAGCUGUGCAGCACGAGGGUUUGGCUCUGCUUCUCUUGAUUCGGUGGAUUUAAAAGGUCGCAGCUGUUUGACACUGAAAGACUUCAGCUCAGAUGAAAUCAAGCGGCUGCUGUGGGUGUCAGGAGACCUGAAGCAUCGCAUCAAGCAUGAAAAACAGUAUCUGCCUCUUCUGCAAGGAAAGUCAGUUGCUAUGAUAUUUGAGAAGAGGAGCACCAGAACAAGAAUGUCCACAGAAACAGGUUUCGCUUUGCUUGGUGGACAUCCCUGCUUCCUCACCUCGCAGGACAUCCAUCUGGGAGUGAAUGAAAGUUGCACAGACACAGCUAGGGUGCUGUCAGGACUCUGUGAUAUUGUCUUGGCGAGAGUUUACAGCCACUCCACGCUGGAGGAGCUGGAAAAGGAGGCUUCCAUUCCCAUCAUCAAUGGUCUGUCUGACCUCUAUCACCCCAUCCAGAUUCUGGCUGACUUCCUCACCUUACAAGAGCGUUAUGGAUCUCUGACUGGACUGACAGUGAGCUGGAUUGGAGAUGGGAACAAUGUCCUCCACUCCUUUAUGAUGACUGCAGCCAAACUGGGAGUUCAUCUCAGGAUUGCUACGCCAAAGGGGUACGAGCCAGAACAGAGUAUUAUUCAUGAGGCACAAAAACUUUCCAAGCAGCAUGGGACUCAGCUGGUUCUGACCUCUGAUCCGAUGGAGGCCGCCCAUGGCAGCAAUGUUUUGGUCACUGAUACGUGGGUCAGCAUGGGACAGGAAGACGAGAAGAAAAAGAGGCUCAAAGACUUCAGAGGUUACCAGAUUACUAUGCAGACCGGAAGCAUGGCCAAACCAGACUGGACCUUCCUGCACUGUCUGCCUCGGAAAAUGGAGGAGGUGGAUGAUCACGUAUUCUACUCAUCUCGCUCCCUCGUCUUCCCCGAGGCUGAGAACAGGAAGUGGACCAUCAUGGGUCUAAUGGUUUCUGUUCUGACAGACUACGCUCCACAGACACCUCUGAUGAAGUUUUAACUUCAUGUGUUUAAGGUGGAAUUACGUUUGUGUGCUACGCAGCAUGGCGGUCCCCCCAGGUACCUCUGAUGUCUAGUGUUCACCCACUCAUAAACACCACCGCCAGACUACAUGAAUUACCCCAAAGAAACUGUGUUUGCAUUGUUUAGCUUUCUGAUGCCAUGGUUUUCUAGUCUGGCUGUUUAAUAGGAGACUAGAACAUGCUGUCAUUAAUCUGUUUACAUCUCAGCGUGUCCUCUGAUACACAGUGAGAAUGAAGGAAAGCAGUGAAAGUAUUGGUACUAGAUGUGGUUGUGUUACUGUGUGUCUUCAACUUUUUUGAAAAUACAUCAGAAACUUGUAGGACAAAAUGCAAUCAGAACAACCUGACCAACCGCUGUUCUUCUGGCCUCUACAUAUCUAUGUGGACAUCUGAGGCAUGCACGUUUGUGAGAAGGUUCACAUCAGUUGUUUUACUUUAACACCUUCCUGCACAGUUACCAAAUGCUUUGUCCACACCACACCGCUAAAUGGACAUGCCACUGGUUUGUCAUAUUUAAGCUAGAAAUCAUUUUGUGCUUUGCAUUCAUGCAGAAUAUCAUCUAUAAUAGAAUAUGCAGUUUACAUUUUGAAUGAGGGCAGUAAGAAAAUCAACUUUUUUCUUUUAAUUCACAUUAGUGGUAUGGAUGACCUGAAAUCCAUAGUUAGGAUAUGGUUGUAUGCCAGGAGCAUCCUUGGGAUCUUGUCAAACUCACCCAUGUUUCUGGCCUCUUUCUAAUAAAGGCAAAUGCAACCAAAAAAAAGGAUCUUAGGAUUGCAUGACAUAUCAUUUUUAGUGUAGUGUAGUGUAGUGUUUUUAUUUAUUGGUUUUUCUUUUGAAAAAGCAGCUUUAUUUUAAAUCACAAAUCCUGCACUUCUGGUCUUCCAUACAUACCGUCAGAGUGGAGAAGGGAAUGCUCACUUCCGGUCGCACAUUUAGAGCAUUUUUUAUAAAUUACCACAAUCGAUGAUCACUAAAGUACACAAGUUACGGUUUAAAUGCAGAACGUAUGGCUUUAAAGGAUGAUUUCACUCAGAAUAUACUUAGAAUUUUAAUGUUUUUUUUCAAGGAGUGUUCCAGUAAGUUUGUCUACAGAGGCUGCACUUUCAGGACCACAUCGAGUAUUCCAUACAAAGUACUACUUCAUAUCCUACCUAGGAUUUUAAAGGUUUAAUUCACCCAAAUAGCACUAAAACUUGUGUUAGGCAACAUGAAAUUUAUUCGCCUUUACUCGUGUUUCGAGCCAUGCUUUUAUUCUGAAGGAGAUGUGCACCGAUACACGGAAGUGAAGUAUUCUGUGAGUGGCGGAAAAUUGUUGGUUGUCGUUUGAUGAAGUUCCUAAUAAAGAUGCGGUGGUUCUACUUGU